AUGGGUUCUAUUCCUCAGGAUAUUGUUUAUGACUUUGUCAUUUGCGGCGGCGGCACUUCCGGUUGCGUCGUAGCAAGCAGGCUUGCCGAGAGCCCCAAUGUGAGCGUUCUCUUGGUUGAGGCAGGCGAACACAGCAAAGACCUUGAGAAUGUACACAUGACAGGAGGCUGGUCCCAACUCUUCGAUAAGGAGACCGACUGGAACGUCAUCAGUGAGCCAAAGGCGGCUGUCAACAAUCGACAAGUGAAGCUCAGUCGCGGCAAGUUCCUGGGCGGCUGCUCCGGCUGCAACGGAACUCUCUGUAUUCGUGGCGCGAAGCAGGACUACGACGAUUGGGGUGUCGAAGGAUGGAGUGGCGAUGACUUCUUCAAGUACAUUCGUAAGGCUGAAAACUUCCAUGGCAAAGAUUGGUUCAAGGCCUCUGGGGAUCAUGGUACCGAUGGACAUCUUGACAUCGAGCCGCAUGACCUGGCGCCGAUCUCCAACCUGAUCAUGGACUCCAUGGUCGAUAAAGGUCUUCCGUUGGAUCACGAUAUGUUCAGUCACGGCAACAACCCCCACGGAUGCGGCCAUGCUCCUAGAACAGUCUUCAAGGGCACUCGUACCACCGCUGCCAACUUUGUCACGAACGGCAACGCAAGGAGCAACCUCCAUGUUUUGACAGAGACACACGUCGACAAGGUCAUCAUUGAAAACAUCGAUGGUCAACUGAGGGCCACCGGUAUCCGCGGUGUAAAGGCGGAUGGAUCCUCCGUCGACAUCAAGGCCACCAAGGAAGUCAUUGUCAGUGGUGGCGCCUACUGCAGUCCCAAUAUUCUCAAUCGGUCUGGCGUGGGCGCCAAGGAGGAGUUGGAGAAGUUUGGUAUCCAGACCUUGGUCGACUUGCCUGGUGUCGGCAAGAACUUGAUGGACCAUCUUAUUGUCUUUAUGUUUUACGAGACCGAAAAGGAAGGUAUCACCAACGAUCACCAUGUUUACCACGGCGACAACUUCGCAAAGACAUAUGCGCUCUGGAAGGAUCACAAGGCCGGCUUCUUGUCAACCUUUCCCUUCGGCGCAUUCGCCUACGCUAGACUUGAUGAGCGUCUUGCUGACUCUGAUCUGUGGAAGAACGCGCCUCGCAACGAAGGAAGGGAUCCAAUGGGCCUGACGCCGAAACAGCCCAACAUCGAGUUCUUCACCACGGAGUGCUAUGGCGGCCCAAAGCAGUACGACCAAUUCCCUACUGACGGAAAACACGCUUUUAGCAUGAUUGCAGAGCUGUUCGCCCCGAAGUCCAGGGGAACAGUUACGCUCCGCAGCACUGAUGCGAAGGCGGUUCCUGUCGUUGACACCAACUACCUCGCCGACCCUCUCGAUGUCGAGGUCCUUGCCGAGGCAUGCCGGUUCGGCAACGAGAUCAUCAUGGAAGGAAAGGGUACGAAGGACAUUGUGAAGGGUUCCUGGCCCAGCGAUCUUGUGCAUCACAAAUACAAGACUCGCGAGGAGUGGGUUCCCUACGUCAAGGAUAACGCGACGACUUGCUACCACGCUGCUGGUACAUGUGCGAUGGGUAAGGCGGACGAUCCCAAGGCUGUAGUGGACUCGACUCUUACCGUCAAGGGCAUCAAGGGUUUGCGUGUUGCUGAUUGCAGCAUCAUGCCGACUCUGAAUGGAGGACACACUCAAAUGCCGGCUUACGGCAUUGGAGAAAAGGCUGCCGACCUCAUCAAGGAAUCAUGGAAACUCAAAUGA